CCCUGGGCUUGGCGCGUCCUCCCGCUCGCUCAUGGCGGAGGCCCAGCGGAAGCGGGAGCUGCUGCCCCUCAUCCACCAGCACCUGCUCCAGGCGGGCUAUGUGAGUGCGGCAAGGGAGGUGAAGCUGCAGAGCGGCCAGAAAACCUUCCCGACACAGCCGGUCACCCUUCUGGACAUCUACACGCAUUGGGAACGAACUUCUGCAGAGGCUAAGAAACGCAAGGCCGACGAACCAAAUGAAAACCUGCAGGAUAAGAAGGUUAGGGUCUCUGAUCCUGUGAGCAGCUCGGAGAGCUCUGAAGAGGAGGAAGAGGAGCCAGCCAAAGACAUGAAAACCACCAGGCCUCUCUUGGCCAAAUCAGUGGCCUUGAUGCCGGAGAAGAAUCUCGCCACGACCAAGGACAGAGCCAAGGGGAAGACCAAAAAAGUGGCUGGCAAGGCAGUAAACUCCAUAUCUCCUCCCACACCCGACAAGGGGCCAACUGCCCUGGGGAAACCGGGCCUCGCUACUCCGGCCCAGGCUCUCUCCCCCAGAUCCAACCCAGUCUCCAAGAACCAGGCCGCCGACUCCAGCAACGGCUCCGCGUCGGACAGCGAGGCCGAGGGGGCCGCCUCAGUAGACAGGCUGCAUCCCAAACCCGUAGCAGGGCCGGUGGCUGGGAAACCAGAGGACAACAGCAGCAGCGGGGCCUCCUCCAGUGACGAAACCGAUAUUGAGACCCAGGUGAAACCAGGAGUAAAAGCUCAGGUCACCAACGCCCCAGGGAGGAGGGUGCCAGCAUCCAAAGGACCAAAGGGAGGAACAUCGGCUCCAGCCACUGGGAAGCCAGCGACCACAUCCCCCCAGCCCCCGGCGGGGACCCCCAUCAGGACCACGGCGGGCGGGAGGCCGGAGGAGGGCUCCGAGAGCAGUGAGGAGUCAGAGAGCGAGGAGGAGAUGCCAGCCUCCCAGGGACAGGCAAAGCCAGCAGUCACUGCGUCCCAGGUCAGCGUCACCCCGGGGUCCACCAAAAAGCCCCGGGGCAGAACGUCCACUCCAGCUGCCGGGAAGGCAGUGGCCGCCGCGGCUCCCAGGGCCAAGGUUGGGACUCCUGGCAAGGCCGUCGAGGCGAGGAGGUCGGAAGAGAGUUCCGAGAGCAGCGAGGAGUCCGAGGGUGAAGAUGAGGUGCCGGCAUCCCAGGGACAGGUGAAGGCAGCAGGGAGGACUCCCCGGGUCAGUUCUGUUCCAGUCACCCCCAUCUCGGCCAAGGGGUCCCAGGAGAAAGUGUCCACUCCAGCUCCCCGGAAGCCAGUGGCCAAGCCCUCCCAGGCCAAGGUGGGGACGCCCACCAGGGAAGGGGAGGAGAGUUCUGAAAGCAGCGAGGAGUCAGAGAGCGAAGAGGAGGCACCGGCCCCCGAGGGAAAGGUUUCCCAGGGCAGGGGCCCAGUGUCCACCAAGGGGGCUGUGACCACACCCCUCCAGGCCCAGGCUAAAGCAGUGGGCAGCAGGAAGCCAGAGGAGAACUCAGAGAGCAGCGAGUCAUCGGAGAGCGAAGAGGGGCCACCGCCGUCCCAGGGAUCGGUGAAGGCAGCGGGGAGAAUUCCCCGGGCCACAUCCAUGCCGGUCACCCCCACCUCAGUCACGGGGACCCAUGAGAGAGCGUCCACUUCAGUGGCCACACGACUUCAGGCCAAGGCGGGGACUCCCACCAAGGCCUCCGGGGCUGGGAAAGCAGAGGAGAGUUCAGAGAGCAGCGAGGAGUCGGAGAGUGAAGAGGAGGCACCAGAAGUCCAAGGGCCGGUGAAGCCAGCGGUCGCCACAUCCCAGGUCAGCGUCGCUCUGAGAUCUGCCAAAAAGCCCCAGGGCAGAGCGUCAACUCCAGCUGCUGGGAAGCUGGUGGAUGCCACAACCCCCACAGCUAAGGUGAAGACAGCGGGGAGAACUCCCCAGGCCAUCUCCAUUCCGAUUACCCCCAUCUCAGUCACGGGGACCCAAGAGAGAGCGUCCACUGCGGUGGCCACACAGCUGCGGACCAAGGCGGGGACUCCCGUCAAAGCUGCCGGAGCUGGGAAGGCAGAGGAGAGUUCAGAGAGCAGCGAGGAGUCGGAGAGUGAAGAGGAGACACCGGCAGUCAGAGGAAAGGUGAAGCCAGCGGUCACCGCAUCCCAGGUCAGCGUCGCUCCGGGAUCUGCCAAAAAGCCCCAGGGCAGAUCGUCCACUCCAGCCACCGGGAAGCGGGUGAAUGCCACAAGCCCCAAGGCUAAGGUAGUGACUCCCGUCGCCAAGGCCGCUGGGGGUGAGAAGCCAGAAGAGAAUUCAGAGAGCAGCGAGGAGUCGGAGAGCGAAGAGGAGGCAUCAGCAGUCCAGGGACCGGUGAAGCCAGCGGUCACCGCAUCCCAGGUCAGCGUCACUCCGGGAUCUGCCAAAAAGCCCCAGGGCAGAGCGUCCACUCCAGCUGCCGGGAAGCGGGUGAAUGCCACAACCCCCACGGUUAAGGUAGUGGCUCCUGCCGCCAAGGCCGCUGGGGGUGGGAAGCCAGGAGAGAAUUCAGAGAGCAGCGAGGAGUCGGAGAGUGAAGAGGAGGCAUCAGCAGUCCAGGGACCGGUGAAGCCAGCGGUCACUGCAUCCCAGGUCAGCGUCCCUCCGGGAUCUGCCAAAAAGCCCCAGGGCAGAUCGUCCACUCCAGCCACCAAGAAGGCGAUGGCUGCCACAACCCCCCAGGCUAAGGUAGCGACUCCCUCUGCCAAGGCCGCUGGGGAUGAGAAGCCGGGGGAGAGUUCUGAGAGCAGUGAGGAGUCGGAGAGUGAAGAGGAGGUGCCGGCGUCCCAGGGGCAGGUGAAGCCAGCGAUCACCGCAUCGCAGGUCAGCGUCACUCCGGGAUCUGCCAGAAAGCCCCAAGGCCGAUCGUCCACUCCAGCCGCCAGGAAGGCGAUGGCUGCCCCAACCCCCCAGGCUAAGGUAGUGACUCCCACCGCCAAGGCCGAUGGGGACGGGAAGCCAGGGGAGAGUUCUGAGAGCAGCGAGGAGUCGGAGAGUGAAGAGGAGGCUCCGGCAUCCCAGGGGCAGGUUGGCGUCACCCCGGGAUCUACCACAAAGCCCCAAGGCAGAGCGUCCACUCCAGCUGCCGGGAGGGCAGUGGUUACCACACUCCCCCAAUUAAAGGUGAAUAAAACCCCUCUGAUUUUUGUCGACCCCAAACGUAGUCCGGCCGGCAAAGCGGCUGCCCCCACGAAAGCCGCCGUGCCUGUCAGCGCCUCAAAGGAGGGGCGGGUCGCCGAGAGUGAGGGCAGCAGCUCAUCCGGCAGUGAGGAAGAAGAAGAGGACCUGAUUCCCGCCACCCAGAAUCUGGAUACUUCCACGGCCAAGCCGACCGUGGCGGCUCUGCCCAUCGCUCGCAGAGGGCCGGUCCCCGCUCCCAGGGCCUGCUCGCCCGAGGACGGCAGCGAGGAGUCUGUCUCCGAGGAGGGAAAAAGCACACAGGUGAAGCCCAGCCCGGCUCGGACCCGUACGGCCGCGGCAACUGUGAAGGCCUCUGGUCAGAAAGCCAGCACGCCACAGCGAUCCGCCAAGGGGGCAAAGCCCUCGGGGCCGGCCCUCGCCCAGCUUCCAACAGCCGUGAGGAGCCCCGCUCUGACGAAGGCAGCGCAGGAUGCUGGGGGAUUAACUGGCAAAGGAAGCAGUGGCAAAAAAGCCAAGGGCAAAGCAGGUCAGCCCCGGGCCGCCCCAGCCAAGACCGCUGGGGCCACCCGGGGAGCAGCCCACAUCAACAGCAAUAAUUUGCCGGAGAAGAAGCAGAAAGAGGAGGGGAAGGGGGUGACCAAGGCCAGGGCAGCUCCCAAGAAGGGUGCCACGCCAAAGGGGGAGGCUGGAAUGGUACCAGAGAGCUCUGAGGUGUCCAGUGAAGAGGAGGUGGAGCCUUCACAGUCCCUGCUGUCAGGCUGUCCGGCUCCCAGACUCCCAGGGUCGACACCCAAGUCCACUCCAACCAAGGCCCAGCCCGCGAAGACACCUCCCCGGGGCCCUCCGAAGCCUGCGGUAAGGAAGACCGCCGCCGCCAACAACCCUCUGGGUGUGAUAGUCCCCGCCACCUCCGCGAGCGACAACAGCAGCGGCAGCAAUUCCGAGGCCGACGGCAAGCAGACGGCGGUCAAGCCGCCCGUAGGAGCAGGAACGGAGACCUCUCGUGACAAGGAGACGCCCGUCGCCCCCAGGCACCCGGCCGCAGACCCCAAAUCGGCCCGGCCCGGCCCCGCUUCCAACCACAAGGGCGCCCCGAGGACUAAAGCUGCCUACGCUUUGCUGUCCCUGGCGAGGCCCGGGGCCGAGAGCUCUGAGGACGGGGAGCUGGACAGCGAGGAAGAGGCCUUGGCCACGGCCAGGGCCCAGGCCUCGGUGGUGAAGGUGCUGACGGAUCUGCUGCAGCAGGAGAAGAAGAAAGCCACUCAGAUCAUCAAGGCUGCCAAGUCACCCAAGGUCAAGGAGGGCAAGAAGCCCAGAGCCUCCCAGAAACGGAAACUGGCUGGGGGGGACGGGGACACCAAGGCACCCAGGGGCAAAAAACAGAAGCUGGCAACGGAGGACCCUCAGGAGGGAGAGGCCAAGACAGGCAGAGGCGGGAGGACUAAGAAAGGGAAAAAAGAGAAGGGGGCAGGGGACGCCCAGGAGAAGAGCGUCAAGGGGGCACGGGGCAACAAGAAAUCCAAAGAGAAGCUGGGCAACGACCUGAACACCACGAAGGUGGGGAGUGAGGAUGCCGGACACACAAAGACCAAGAAAGAAAAGAAGGAGAAGAAGAAAUCUGAUAAGAAGGACAAGACCCCCAAGGACAAGAAGAAACAGAAAAAGUCGUUGCCCAAAGACUCUGAUUCCUCCGUGCCGAAGGAAAAAAAGAAAAAGGAAAAGAAAGUCAACCAGUCUAAAUGAACGGGGCGGGGGGGGCCCCCAGCAGCAGAACUGAGCCUCGAACUUCUGCUUCGCCGGGCCGUGGUGGCCGUUUGGGAUGGAACUGUGUUUUAACUGCCCCAUUCCCCGGGAGCCCCCCAUGGACAUCUGGUCUGUCUGAGGAGCAGAAAAUGUGCCUGGUUGCCCGCACCCCCCGACACCCCUGCCUCUCCUGCAGAGCCCAGUGCUCUCUCCUUGGAGAUCGGAAUAUAAUAUAUGUGCAUAUUUUUUUUUUUAAAGAUGAAACUCUCCUCCCCGUUCUCCCCGUGACGCCGAUACCUCCAGAGGCCUUCCGUACUCCCCGUGUUUUAACUUUUUUAUCACAACCCCACUCCCCGGAGUUCCCACGGUGUUUGUAAAAGAUUUUGCACUCUGAACUGCAUUCGGACCGGAACAGUUGCUGUACGUUGAUGGCUUUGUCGUCGUCGUCAUUCUUAUUUGUAGAUAUAUAGAGAGAGAUAUAUAUUAUAUUUUUUUUUUCUUAAGGAGCCCGGAAAAUAAAUUUUGGAGUGAAGGUGGA